CCUCAUUACCUGCAACCACAGCUCAAUCAACACCAUCUAACCAGCUCAUAGACACCCACCCCGCACAACACCGCAACAAUGGGCUCAACCAACCCCAAACCCAAGGUGCUACUGAUCGGAAAGAUCGACCACGCGUACGCCACCUGGACCGGCCUCAGCGACAUCGCCGACCUCCUCGAAACAACCGCCACCAACCGCGCGGAAUUCAUCCAAGAAUGCAAGGCCGGCAAAUACGACGGUGUCGUCGCGGCCUACCGCACGCUGGGAUCCAUCAACCUCACCGGCCUCUUUGACCAGGAGAUCAUCGACGUGCUGCCCUCGUCGUUGGUGUGGAUUGCGCAUUGCGGAGCGGGCUACGACCAAAUCUCGAUCCCAGCCUGCACCACCCGCGCCCCGCAACCCAUCCGGGUGUCCAACGUGCCCACCGCGCCGGACAACGCCACCGCGGACGUCAACAUGUUCCUGAUUCUGGGCGCGCUGCGCAACUUCAACGCGGGCAUGCAGAACCUGCGCGCCGGGGACUUCCGGGGCAGACCCGGCACCACGUUACCGGCGCUGGGCCACGACCCGCAGGGCAAGACGCUGGGCAUCCUGGGGAUGGGCGGGAUCGGGCGGAACCUGAAGCGGAAGGCCGAGGCGUUCGGGAUGCGCGUCCUCUACCACAACCGGCGCGCGCUGGGCCCGGACCAGGCCGACGGGGCGGAGUACGUGAGCUUCGACGAGCUGCUGGCCCGAAGUGACGUGCUGUCGUUGAACCUGCCCCUCAACCCCAAGACGAGGCACAUCAUCAGCCAUGCGGAGUUCGCGAAGAUGAAGGAUGGCGUGGUCGUGGUCAACACGGCGCGCGGCGCGGUCAUGGACGAGGAGGCGCUGGUGCAGGCGCUGGACUCGGGCAAGGUGUUCUCUGCCGGCUUGGAUGUCUUCGAGGACGAGCCGGCGGUGCACCCCGGUUUGGUGCGGAAUCCCAACUGUGUGCUGGUACCGCAUAUGGGGACAUGGACGGUCGAGACACAAACGGCAAUGGAGGAAUGGACGAUCGGGAAUAUUCGCUCCGCCUUGGAGACGGGCAAGUUGAAGAGUCCCGUCCCUGAGCAGGCAGACCUUUAAACGAUAAGCUGCAAGAUUGUACAUACGCUAUAGACACGUCAAUAGAGGGUUAAGAA